ACCGGAAACGCGAUUAGUAUUACGACGAUAAUCUUCUUUAAAUUUGGUUGGAGAAUAAUUAUAGUAUAACCUGAAGUUUCUGAGAAACUACCACCACAACGACGCACGUCUCCCUUUUUCCUUAAUCUAUCUCGUUCUCUACGACGUUUUCCUUUUUCCAAAAUAUUUUGAAUUUGAAUUAUUCAAUAUUUUGUCAUUUCUGGUUGGUUAAACCACUUUGAAUGAAGCCACACUGAAGAAUUUUGGAUCUUUCCUCAUGAUGUUUUUCUGCUUGGGUUUCAACAGGCUUUGCUAAUUUCUGAUCUGGGAUUUCUUGUUUACGUCAAGAUAUUCCCGUUUUCCAAGAUUUUUUUGUAGAGGGAAACACCAGUUGCCUUUGUUGCAAGUUUGGUGAAUAAAUCUGAUCUGGGUUUCUAUCUAUUGGAUCUCUAGAGUUGGUUCUGCUUUCAUUUGAAGCCAUUCAUUUUCAUUCUCUGCGGCAGCUUUUCUUUGAAUAAUCUGAAACCCCAUUGGAUUGAAUAGAAUAUUUGAUUUAGAAAUUUCUGAGUUGUUCAAUCUUUGACCCAACUCAUUUUAAUUUGCUAACUUGAUUGGUCAAAGGUAGUUAAAUAGAAGCUAUGGAUUUAGGUCAGGAAGAACUGGCUGGAGAUGGAGAAAUGGAGGAAUUGGUUAGAGCAUCCUCUGCUGAUAAUCCUCUCAGGGAAAAUCAUCUUCAGAGAACACAUUUUCCUGGUAUGGUGAGACAGAAAGCAUAUAUUUUUGACGGUCUUGGAAAUUAUUAUAAUAAGGAGUGGGAUCUUGCUGAAGGUGGUGGCAAGGAGUUUUGUUGGUACCAUGUAGAACUUCCAAAAGGGAAUCAGAAACUCUCUCAAUCUGCACAAUACCUCAUAGAUGUUCUUUGCCCACCUUUAAAGCUUCAAGACAUUCUCUCACUUGUUAGCAAUGGGCCAUUUUGUGGACAUGUUGAUGGAGCGCUUGUCUUUAGGGUUAAUUCACCUGGCCCUCCCUCCAGUAAUUUUACAUUUAGACUAGCUGCCAGGGUUACAGAAAAUUCAGUGAUUACUGUGUCUUUGGGACGUGUUCCCAGAUUAGGUUUCUCACCGGUUGGUCAAUCUCUUCUCUCAGAGAUUCCUAGUGUUGAGAGUCCAUCUUAUCAUAGAGGAGAGAGGAAGGAAGGGGGUGGGAUUGUUAUUAGAGAGCAUGUUCUUGAGUUCUUAUUGACAAUGAAUCACUCUGAGGAGGCUGAUAAUCCUGUUCCAAAGUCUGUCUCAAACCUUGUAGUUCACAUCAUUGAUACGCACGUGGAUCACCUUCAAGAUGUUGUUACUAAACUGGAGAUGGAGCUGGAUUCUGUGGAGCUUGAGUUGGAUAGAGGUGGAUUUGCUUUAAAGAAACAGAUGCUAGAUGAUAGAAGAUUCCCAAAAAUGCAUCUAAAUUUGCAACGUCUCCUGCAGGUGAUUGCCCAUGGUGAGCAAGUAUAUCCCCGAGUCAAGGAAAAAUGUUCUUCUAAAAAUUGGUUUGCAAGUGAGGACAUCAGCUCCCUUGAAGAGCUGAUUGGGCGCUUGAGGAGGCUGAAAGAGAAUGUAGGGUUUCUAGCAAAUCGUGUUACUGCAAUUCAGGCUGGUUUGGAUAGCUGGCAGUCGGAGCAAAUUAACAGAAAACUCUAUUAUCUCUCUUUCCUUUCAAUAAUAUUCCUUCCUUUAUCUGUUAUCACUGGAGUGUUCGGGAUGAACGUGGGUGGAGUUCCAUGGACUGUGCAAAAGGACCCUGCACUAAAUGAUGGUUUCCGCAAUGUCAUGAUUAUCUGUGUAGCGAUGCUUCUUCUAGUUUUGCUCUGCUUUAUUUUCCCUGCUCUUUAUACCCGAUUGACUGCCUGGCAUAGGAGGAGGUCUUUGAGAAGAAGUUGGUCUCAUAACAGGAGAUCUUUCCUCAAGAGAACCAUUGGAAUUCAAGAAAGAGGUGGUUACCUCAGGAUUUGACAGAAUUAAAGAAAUUCAUUACCAUGGUAUUUUUCCCAAUCACACAUGCCAAGUGUACCAUGCUAUGCACAGAUAGAGAGUGGUCAAUAGCAUCAUUUAACUGGGCUAAAAAUAGGAAUAUGUUGUCCAUCACUUACUCGUAUUUAGGCUAGAGGUGAUGAUGGCUCUUUAUUGGAGGUGAGUCUUAUUCUUUCGCUCAUUUGUUGUAUCUUAUUUCAUUUUUUUUGGAGGUUUAAUUGUACAGGUGGUUCUAUUAAAGUUUGGCUAUACAAACACAAAGUUUUCAGCUUAUUGCGAUCUCAAUUUGAUGGUAAUUGCAACUCAGUGGCACUCCCUUUUAAGUUUUCCUUUGAAUUCUUGAUGGUUUUUCAAUGAUGUCGCUGAUUCAUCUCCCAAGUCUGAACUUUGGCUUUAUUGAGGAAUCUGGAAGUUAGGUUUAUUAGCUGUGAAAGCUGGAAUUUGGUUUGAAUUUUUGAAGAGAGUAACAGAAAUUGCUUGAGAAGUGCUAAAAAUGAAGUCAAAGGUGUACUUGGUGCCCAUAUUGGGCUCAGUUUCAGUAUAUGGAGGUGGAUUAAUCAUCAUCCACUCCCAGUUCAAAUGUCUUAUAACAUAUAUAACUUUGUGUAUAUAUCUAGUUUCAUGUUCCAUCUGAA